UCAAUCGUUGUUUUCUUACGAUAGCAUCUGGAAGAGACCUGCUAUUUUCAGCGCUAUGGAAGAGUGGGAAAAAAAGACGUACAUCAAAUUUGUGAAGAGGACAACAGAGAAGGCUUACAUAGAGUUCUUUGUCAGGAAAGGUUGUCUUGACUGCUUGUCAUAUCACCAUUACUUUCGAAAUGACUGGCGUCCAAUUUCCUACGGCUUUGUACUCAGGUUACUUCUGCUGGAUAAAAUUAUGAAUAAGAACAAACAGUGUUUUGACAAUUUUUUUUGUUUUUGUUCUUCCAGUUGCUAUUCAUCUGUUGGUAGGACUGGUGGAAAGCAGCGAAUUUCACUUCGCUCUGGAUGUGGCUUCCAUGGAAUAGCUGUUCACGAGAUUGGGCAUGCUCUUGGUAGGAGCCUAAUUCUAGUUAUUCUCCUUAUCCAAAUCUUUGAGCGACAAGGUGGGGAGUAAUUCGGAAGUGACCAAUGAAAGAUGGACCUCUCCUUCUUCAUCUGGAGAAAGAGUGUGUGUGUGUGUGUGUGUGUGU